UUGGUAAGGGUAGGGACAGACGGACGGACAAACAGUGUCGGCAACAGCACGCCCCUAACUAAAACUGCAGACCACGUGAUCUGUGUUUACAUCCUCUCAGCUGUUAUGUUCUCCUGCGUGGAAAAAAAAUAAGAAAGAACAACUAGGUCGUCGGUGUCCUAGACGUCCACCUAACGAGCGAUGUAAGUUAAAGAACUAAUCCGCUAUCUAUAGCCAGGCCUAGAUCACUUACACCAGCUCGCUGCUGAACGCAUCCGACACGCAAACCAAACAUUUCCUUCCAAGUGCGUCCGUCAGUCAAGGGGAGUUGAACCAACGCGGAACGAUGUCCAGGCCGUGGCUGUGGGCUGAGCUUCCUCCGCCGCAGUAGCACCUCCGCUCUCCCUCCUGGAUCCAUGAUUUUGUGAGACACACACCCCCCCCCCCACCCACACCCACCCACCACCACCACCACCACCACAUCUACACCACCAUCCACCCGGCUCCACCAUGGGCGGGGCCGUGAGCGCCGGCGAGGACAACGACGACCUCAUCGACAACCUGAAGGAGGCGCAGUACAUCCGCACGGAGCGCGUGGAGCGGGCCUUCCGCGCCAUCGACCGCGGCGACUACUACCUGGACGACUACCGCGACAACGCCUACAAGGACCUGGCCUGGAAGCACGGCAACAUCCACCUGUCGGCGCCCUGCAUCUACUCGGAGGUGAUGGAGGCGCUGGGCCUGCAGCCCGGCCUCUCCUUCCUCAACCUGGGCAGCGGCACGGGGUAUCUCAGCACCAUGGUGGGCCUCAUCGUAGGGCCUUUCGGCGUGAACCACGGGGUCGAGCUCCACAAGGAUGUGGUGGAGUACGCCCGCGAGAAGCUGGAGGACUUUGUAAAGAACAGCGAAAGCUUCGACAAGUUCGAGUUCUGCGAGCCCGUGUUCGUGGUGGGGAACUGCCUGGAGAUCUCCACCGACAGCCACCAGUACGACCGCAUCUACUGCGGGGCGGGCGUGCAGAAGGACCACGAGAACUACAUGAAAGUGCUGCUUAAGAUCGGAGGCGUCCUGGUCAUGCCCAUAGAGGACCAGCUGACCCAGAUUACCAGGACCGGCCAGUGCACAUGGGAGAGUAAAAACAUCUUAGCCGUGUCCUUCGCUCCCCUUGUUCAGCAGAGCAGAGCGGAUGGAGACAAACCUGAUUCUGUCCAACUGCCCCCGCUCAGUGUGCGGAGCCUCCAGGACCUGUCCCGCGUCUACAUCCGCCGCACACUGAGGGGCCUGGGGGCCGACGGCGAGGGCCGGGAGGCGGGGCCGACGCGGCGGGCCCCGCCGCAGAAGCGCAAGCGGCGGCGGCGGCGGUGCAGACGGCGCCGCGUCAACGCCUACGUCUUCGUCGGCAACCAGCUGAUCCCCCAGACGAUGGAGAGCGAGGAGGACGAGGAGGAGGAGGAGGAAGGGGGCGUGGAGGAGGAGGAGGAGGCGACGACGCUCGAGGAAGAGGAGGAGGAGGAGGUGGGAGGGGAGAGGGUGAGAGAUAUUGGCGAGGUGGAGGUCCUGAAGCGGGCGAACGUGUUAAGAGACCAAAUCACGGCGCUGCCGCUGCCGGAGUCGCUGAAGGCCUAUCUGCUGUAUUACCGGGAGAAGUAGCCCCCUCACUUAACGUCGAGCUCCUGCUGAAUGACUCUCCUCCUUUCCUCUCUCUCCCCUCCUCUCAACUUCUUCUGGUGUUCAGUACAAAUGUAGCAUUAUUAUCAUUCCAGUCCUGGUGGGACAAACCCACGACGGAGAGACAAUUUGCAGUACUUACGUCUUUUGGAUACUAAUGCGAUGGCGGUCAUCGUGUCAGGUUCCUGACUUUUUUGUUUUUUACUUUCUAAUUACAAACAUGGAAACGACGAAGAAGAGAAGAGGCCUCUUGCUCGAUGUGAACAGGGUUUCUGCUUCAUAUUUGGUGUGAAUGGUGAUGGAAUGACUCGGAGAAAUGCAGAAAUGUUUCAAGGUGAAAACAUGAUUCUUAUAUUUGUUAAGAAUACCAUCAUGGGAAUAAUCAAAAGAGACUGAAUGCAUAUUUUCUCGACGUGUCAAGUUAUAUCUGGCCAUGGACAGACGCUCAAUUCUACAGGAAGACUUAAAUCGAACCCUUGUUUUGCAUUUCCUGAGAGAGGCUUAAAGUACUGUGUUAUGGUAUAAUCAGCAAUUAAUUUCCAGGUCCAUAUACACAAAGCUUGAGAAUGAGGUCACGUCAGCUUAUAUUUUCCCUUCUAUUCUCACUUUCUAUUGUUUAGCCCGCCUGUAAGAGACUGGCGUUUAAGUAGCCUACUGGUGAUUAUGAAUCUGAGGCUUCCGGCGUCGUCUGAGCGUUGAGUGCCUGACGCAAAGGCACAGAUGACCUUUCGUGGUUUGAUUUUUUGUUUAUCUUUUAUUUGUUUGCUGAGCCAAAUAAUAAUAAAAAUCAUAAUCAGAGCAAUGAUGAAAUCGUGGGUUAAGGUUCUACUUUUGAUUCUCAGCUAGCUUUUAUAAAAAAUAAAUAAAGCGAUUUCAGGGCAUGACUCCCGAUUGCAAAACUGAGUGAUUCAAAAUAUUCUCCCCGACACCCUUUUCUACUCAAAUGAUGCAAAAUCCUCCUAAUGGCCGAUUUUGAAGCCUUUUCUAGUCUUGGCAGCAGAUGUGUCCAAACCAUGCACCUUAUUCUUCAUUCUGACAUUUUAAAAGAAAACGAGGCGCCACUUUUUUCCACGGAGGAGGCCUCAUUUGUAUUGCGGAACGAGAACGAGGACGUGUAUGGAUGCGAGUCUGUCCAGAACUCUCCAGGCGCUGAUGAGAGCUCCUUAGUGCCAGCGUCACCAAUCACCGCCGGACGACAGGCCGCUACGCUCCGUGGCGCACAGUCCAUUUAUCCAAUCGAUCCCAAAGUCAACAUUCCACACCAUCAACGAUGGCACAUGACACACCACUGACGGAUGUCAUGUUUCAUUUGUGUAUGCUUUUAUUUUUGUAUAACUCCUCUUCCUUUUGACUUGCUUCAUUUAGUAGUGGUGGUGGUGGUAGUAGUGGUGGUAACAAAUGCUGAGUUGAAUGUUAUGUUAUGAAUUAUAACCGGUAUAAAAGUGGUGUAGGUGUAUGGACGUCACGUGUUUUAUGCAUCACGUAUAAGUUGCGUUUAGUUCGUUCUAGCGCCCCCUUUGGCUGUACUGUAUAUUGACACUGGGAAAUCAUGUCUGUGUACUGUAGAUGGACUCUUCUGCUGUUUUUGUUCAAGAGAUUCACACAUUAGUCCUAAUUUGCUCUGAUGAAUUGAUGUGUGCAUUUGUUUGGGUUUGUACUGAAUGGGUUUAAGUCAUGGUGUAGUGUGUGUGUGUGUGUGUGUGUGUGGUGUACAUGUAUAUGUAACAUGUAGACUACAUGUAUGCCAACAUGUAUAUGUAAACAUGUACACGUGUUUGUGAAUUCUGUUUUGUUUUAGGGGUUGGUCUUUUUCUUCCAGAUUUUUAACUCUGGAAAGCUUUUCACAUUAGCAAUAACAAUUUCCUUAACACAAUUAACAAUCUCCACUAACCACUGAAUAGAUUUUUAUAACGUUAAUUGAUGAUGCAGUGAUACAAGUACAAUUUUAUAUAUAUUAGAGCAAUUACAAAGUCCUAUAUCUCCAGUUGCGGUUGUCUUUUGUAGUUGAGAUUAGAGAGGUUUUGGUUAAGACUCAUGCUUUCCCCUUUGCAACGAAUGAAGUCUAGUUCCUUGUACCAAGCCAAAAGAGUUCUGUCAUUGAUCAGGGCUAUGCUGAUUCCCUUAGAGUGCAGUUCAUUUAGAAAUGGUGUUGUUCCUCUGUAUGUGUUUGGCACAAAAUAAAGGUCACAAUCACAUCGUAGACUCUCUGUGUUAUUGACUUUUUCAU